CCUCUGUGUCUGUUUUCAUCAGUUAUGUAGCGAGCACUGUGCAGUAUUCCACUUUAUACAGUACAACUCUUUCUUAAGCUAACUUAAGCUUAACUUAGUAGUUUAUUCACGUUAUGUUAAUGUCAAUACAAAAAGAAACAUCAAUGAAAUUAUAAUCGUAAGACAUGUACUAGAAUUUGUUUAAAAAACACUGGGAUUUUUUAUUUCUUUGCUGUGUAAAUAUAGUAGAAAAUCCUUUAAUAAUGCAGUUAUUUCAAUUUGCACGCGCGACCAUUAUCGAAAUUAAUAUUAAUCAUAACUGUAAACAGUAAUCAAGGUGGUUUUUGGCGGUACUUACAGCCUCAACUCGGUCGAUUCGGUUUAAAAUGACUUUGGAGAAAAUUGCAAGCUCUCGACAGCCACCAACGGUUUUCGUUCGUUGUGUGGUCCACGGUGUUAUUAGUUUUGCAUAUGUGUACACAUUUUACACAGGCGUAGCAGUAGACUUUUCUGUCAUCAAUUUGCCGACAAUCAACAAACUUGAAAUAUAUAUGAAAUACAUGCUCACACUAUGGACACUGUUUAUGGUAACGGGAUUUUUCAUCAUAACUACAUUAUUGGAUUUCUUCGAAAUAUUACCACAACCAGCGUUCAUUAAAAAAUUACUCUACAAAUGUCGAGAGAUAAUUAAUUUACUGUUCAUGUCUAUCGUAUUGCCGAUAGCAAUGUGUGUAAGUUCUGGAUUUUGGUCGGCUUGGAUGUUAAACAGCAAAAAUAUCUACCCAGAAGAAAUGAAUAACUAUGUUCCAGCUUGGAUAAAUCACAUGGCUCACACUAUGCCGAUCUUUAUUUGUUUAUUUGAACUAUUAUUUAGUUUCCAUAAAACUCCAAAAUUAAAACAUAGUCUUGUGUGUCUGUUGUCAUUUAAUACAAUGUACAUGCUAACGUUAGUCACAUUACGAAUUCGAGAUGGGAGAUGGAUUUAUUUUAUAAUCGAUAUAUAUGUCAAUACAAUAUUCAAAGUUAUUAUAAUGUUCUCCUUCCUUAGUUACAUUAUUCCUGUGAUGUAUUUAAUUGGCUGUCGUAAACUUAAUAACAACUAUUGGGGUAUUAAAAACCCUUCAGAAACCGUCAGUAAAAAGUAGCUAACGUGAAACUAAAACAGAAAGCAAUAAUGAAUUCUAAGAAACGUUUUAUGGUGAAUUGUAUUGAUUUGUAAUAUUUUAAUUUGCGGUUUUUGUAUUUGGAUUAUUAAUAAAGUUUGAUGACAAAAAUACUUAUCAU